UGUGGCCCUGGGAAGACAGACAAAAGCGUCGUCGGGGCGGCCCUCGCUGCGCUUCAAGCUUCACCACCCACCACCGUCUUUCUUUUCAUUCCACUCAGCCUCUCUGGUAGGGCUCGCUCAGGUUCUAGCAUCUGACAAUUCUUUGUGGCUGCCGUGUUCUUCGUCCACCAUGCAUUCGUUCCUGAGCUUCACCUUCCUGCUGGUCACCUUGCUCGCGAGCCGAGCCUUUGCUUUGGAGAUAAAUGUCGGCGGUACUAUCGGCAACGUCACCGCGCAGCAGUUCCUCGACAUUAACGACGAGACCCUGACGGGCGCCUGCACACCGCAGUGCCCCACCGCAAACACUACGGUCGCCGCGUGCACCACCGACGCGUGCCUUUGUGACCCGGCGACGGUCGCGGCGAUCACCACUUGCGAGCAGUGUUUGUUCAACACCCUCAUCGCGAAGAACAUCCCCAUGCCCGAUCCCCGCGCGGGCUCUGCGACGGCCCUCACUGCCUAUGCCGCCGCAUGCCUCGCUUCUGUGAACAUUACCGUCCCAACCUCGGAGAUCACGCUCACUCUCCCUGCGGACUGGGAUGGUCCCUUUGGUCAGCACCUCAGUUUACCCGCGACGGUAAUAACGGUGAUCGUUGCGACGGCCCUCGCCAGCGGUUGUAUCUAUGUUGUCAACACAAUGUGAAGAAUGGUGGCGUACUCAUGGUCUUUGAAGGGUCUUUGCUUCGUGUACAUUCCAAUGAUUGCUUCUGGAAAGAUUGAUUGAGUUGGUGAUAUUUACCUUGUAA